AUGUCAAGUGCGACGAGGCAUUUUGUGCGCGUCUCCAGCAAACUACUGGAUUUCCAUGAUCCAGAGAUUCAUUUUGCCACAACAGUUCCGCACAUGGCGCUUCGAAAUCUGGGGUUGAUGAAAGCGUUGCUAGGUCUUUCGGCACGGCAUCUCUCGUUGGGACCGGCAACGACUGAACUGGAUGGCCGAGAAUAUAUAAUUGACCGCAAUCUUGCAGUUCAAUACUACUUGGAUGCCCUAGAUUAUCUGAACACAGCAUCCUAUCCGCACAGCUUGGAUUUGGUCGCAACGGCCAUCCUCAUCAGCACGUACGAAAUGAUCGACGGGUCGAAUCGAAAUUGGGAACGACAUCUCAAAGCAGUCUACUGGAUGCAACAAUCCCAAGCCAAUGACGGAGAGUCUGGAGGGCUGCGUUCGGCGAUUUGGUGGGCCUGGCUGCAACAGGAUAUCUGGGUCGCCAUGCAGGAACGGCGUCGAGUGUUGAAUGUCUGGAAUCCCACAAAGCCGGUGUCCACGCUGAAGCCACCGGAGCUCGCAAGGCGCGCCAUAUACCUGCUUUCGCAGUGUGUCAACUAUGCAUCGAAAGAAGAAGAACAGUCAGACUUAACGAGCCGUCUGGACAAGGGUGGCGAGCUUCUCUUCCUACUCCAGCAAUGGCAUGACAACCUGCCGCCGGAAUAUCGACCUCUCACUUGUUGUUCAUCUGAUGAUGCGGUAUUUCCACCAAUUUGGGUGAAUCCACCAUCGUAUGCUGCGGCUCUUCAGAUGCACAGCCUCGCCAUGAUUCUCGUCAUCGUACAUCGUCCCUCCGCUGGUGGGAUUGAGAACUAUCGGGCGGCACAGCAGAUGCUGGCCGGUGCCCUGGGUACGAUUUGUGGAAUUGCAAGGUCCGUCGAUGAAGACGAUGAUGCAGCGAACAUGAUCUCCUUGCACUGCUUGUUUCGCGCGGGGAUUUGCGUACAGACACUACGGGAAAGACUUGUUCUUUUGGACCUGCUGGAUUUGUGUCAACAGAGGCUCCACUGGCCGCUGAUCUCGCUCCGAAAGGAGCUUGAGCUGGAGUACGCAAAGGAUACUUUCAGUGGACCAAGUACGUGA